AUGGGGGUCCCUGCCUCAACAGAUUUUCCAAGCCAGCCUUUCCUGGGGAAGCCCGAAUACAAUAUGAUAUCCCAGACUUCACAGAGGAAACAGCAGCGCCCUCUAUCUUUGUCCAAGCGGAAGCCUGGUUUAAGCUCUGCACUCCCUAUAAGAAUGACCAGCUGCAUAUUCCCGAGGCCUGUCACUAAAAUUAGUUCCAAUCCAGGAAAUGUUAUCAGACGCAGGCGUUCAGAGGAGAACUUGGAGAAGCCGAAGCAGUUGUGUUGGCACAGGAGACUGGAGGAGCUCCAGGCAUACAGCAGUGCAGGAGAACCUUUAAGUACCCUGGAAUUCCCAAAUGCCUUAGAAUUAAUUGUACCAGGUGGUCUCGCUCAGCCCCUGGGUCCUGCUGUUGAUGGAAAUCUUCACAUCAGUUCCAAGCCCUCUCCUGGCAAUUCCAUAGAUUGGGUAGGCCAAGGUCAUCAUGGUCUCUCAGAGCCCCUUGGCAGACAACAGGUAACUUAUAAUGAUGUCAGGAAGCAGGCACGGAGAGUGAAGCAAGCAAGGGAGAGACUGGCUAAGGCCUUGAAGGCAGACAGGCUGGCACGGGAAGCAGAGCAAAAGACAGGCCCAGAAGAAAAAUCCUGA